GUGGCGGCGCGGCCGGCCGUGGGGCGCUAGUGGUCCUGGCGGGGUGAAGGCGGGAGGCAGCGCGCGUGGGUCCGGCUAGUCAAGCUCGUGGCGGUGGAUGUGGCCGCUGUGUUGAGUUCUCCGGGCUGUGAUCAGGUCGUGAGCUGCCGCGGACGAUGGCGCUGGUACCGAGCGUCCCGACGCUCGGCGAUCAGCGGCCGCUGCUCGGCUCGCCCGAUUCGCCGGUCGACGCCAGCCCGCCGCCGCCGGCCGCGCACCACCGGGUGCGCUGGGGCAGCCUGCAGACGCUGGAGGCCGAGCUGGACGACGGCCUAGCGGGCAAGGCGCCGCCGCCGGCCAGCCUCAGCAGUAUGCUCAGCACCGACUCCGGCUGCGAGUCGGAGGGCGUGGCUGACAGCGUGUACAGCACCGUCACCUCCUGCACGUCCGACCUGGUGCGCAUGCAGCUGGACUCGGAGCUGGCCGAGCAGGAGGAGCUAGAGACGGAGCAGGAGCCGGAGCCGGAGCCGCCAGAGCCGGUGGAGCCCCCGCCGACCGUCAGCUGCCCGCAACAGGUGGAGCCGCUCGAGGACUGCAGGGUGCGCAGCUGGAGUCUGGAGGCGCGGGGAUGCGCGGCCGACGAGGAGGCGGCUUCGGCCGUGCGCGCCGACGAGCUGGAGAUGGUGACGCCGCUGCGGCACGCCCUGUCGGAGCCGUCGCUGGUCACGUCGGCGUCGACGGCGUCGAUGCCGAUCUGCCGCAUCUGCCACAUGCCGUCCGAGGAACGGGCGGAGCUGAUCUCCCCCUGUCGCUGCGCCGGCACCAUGCAGUACAUACACACCGCCUGUCUCAUGCACUGGAUCGAGGUGUCCAGUCGGCGGGCCAAGCGGCCACCUUGCUGCGAGCUGUGCCAGUACCAGUACCAGCGGCAUAAGCGGUUCCGCGUCGGCCGCUGGCUCGUGCCGGCCGUCUCCACCCGGGACAAGCUGCUGCACGCGCUCUUCGUGAUCACUGCCAUCGUCAUGGUGACCUGCGCCGUCAUCACCAUCUUCUGCUUCAAACAGGAUUCGGGAAAGCGGCGGCUGGCGUACGACGAAGCGGAACUCACGUCUAACGAGACAGUCACCUUGGUCUGCGGCAUCUUGUUCUUCGCGUCGUUCUUUGUCGGCAUGUACUGCGAGAUAAAGGCGAAAUAUUCCAUUUAUCAGCUCGUAACCCGGGUGUUCUAUCUGAACCAGCAGUGGUUUAUUGAGGAGUACGACCGCUCGAAGGACGACAAGUUCCGGUGUUCUCCGACAGGUGGCUCCCCGGUAUGAGGUGUGUUUGUGUGCGAUGAGCCCGUCUAUGCGCUGACCGGCGUGGAGGCGUGCCGACUGGCGGUACUUCAUUCGAGCACGUUGAUGCAUUUGGUGCGCUUGUGUGGUGCAGACACACAUGCUUUGAGUCGGAUAAGAGACCGUUAGCUGCGAUGGUUAACACGCGGGUAAACAUUGGUGCGCGAUACAUGCGACCGGCCUAUGUCAUUGUAAAGCUGCUUGCUCGUAAACUUGUGCAAAAUAUUAACAUGCGACAUGUAUCGGCUGGGCACGCUUGAGGCUGUCGGUCAUUGUUGUAUGUGGCAAAUGGAAACACCUAUUCGUCAGGUGCACAGUGGUGCUUUUCGCUGCCAUUAGGCAUGGUGCAUUGCCAUGUUGAGCCAUGCUGCCAUUUUUGAGCAGCUCGCUGGUCUGUCUGUUGAGUCCGAAGUGUACGUGCAGCACUCCUCUGAUAAUGCGUUGAGCACUGAAACGGUGCGUGGAAGCUAACAGCGUAAUCGUUACCGUACAGCGUGGAACAGAGUAUGUUGCACAAAGUACUAAAGCGCAGGCCUUCGUCAUGCAGUUUGUGGUCAAAUAUCGUUUGCAAGCGUUUAAUGCAUUGCUGGGCUGUCUGGCCACGAUAUUUUGGCAAAGGCCUAAACAUGGGGUGAUUUCGACUCUGUCUGUGAGUCCACUGUCGUGACGUUCAUCUCUUGCAAAUAAUCGAUGCCAUGUCACGUUAGUAUGGGGUCGUCACGUUUUUGCGUCAUUUAUGCCAGUUGUAUCGACUGGCGUACAUGAUCGCAGCUGUGACAUCGUCUUCGCGGUUGUUGUCGUGCACAGAGCAUUUCAUCAUUCGAUGCAACGUUCAACCAUUAGAAGCAUAAGAUGCCCGUUGGAAAAUUGGUUGAUGUGUGCUGUUGCGUCUGUUCACUGCAUCAAUUGCGACGUAUUUAUCAUGAGUAUCAUACUGUCUCAUCUGUGAUUUUGUGUCAUAAGACAAUAAACCCACCAUACAAUAUAG